GGAGGGCAGACCCGAGCUGGCAGAGUCGCAUGCUAGCACUCCUGGGCUUGUUUACCUCACCUGUCGACAGGGAAAGGGGUGGAGAAGGAGGCGGGGGACGCUUCUUUUAAGCUUCCCAUGUUGCAGUGAGACAUUAAAUGAGUGAGAAGGGCUGAACCCUGUACUGCGCAUUCCCGUCGCUGAAGUAGAGACGCAGUCCGUCUCUCUUUAUUUGAAACGUUUCAGACACCUCUCUACCAACGCACCUGACGGCAUGCUGAGCGGAUAGCUUGUCUCGGUCGAGUAGACAACACACCUGCGGACAAAUACAUUAAUAAAAAUGAAAAAGCAGAGUUUGAACAAGUUCCUGGGUCGGAAGACGGCUAACUCUUCUCUUUUUAGCCCGCAAAGCAGCAGCGGCACCGACGGGCUGAAUUCGAUUAGGAAUCCGAUCGAACUGACGGACUGGGAUAACAUAAAUGCAGUCGUGUCCUCAGCCUCAUUCCCAGACUCCGGGACAGCAAGAGUGCGAGCCAGGCCCAAAGUGAACCUCUUCCCUCAGUCUCAUUUCACUGCUGCUCCAGAGAUCCAGGGGUUUGCUGUUCCCACACCGACCGUGCCUGCUUCCCACAAAGGACCUGCAAACCCAGCAACAGAAAAUGGCGUGAGACUCAAUGGUAACUCCGAAUGGAACCCAUUACUGCACAGCCCAGCUCCCAAUUACAUGGAGGAGGAACAUAUUUACAUCCCCCCACCCCCGGCGAUGGCUCCCCCACCUCCUCCACAGUUCGCUCCACCCCCCCCACCGUUCCAGGCUCCUGCAAUGGCACCUCCCAAUCCUCCAAAGAAGGCACCUCCCAAUCCUCCAAAGACAGCACCUCCAAUUUCCCCAUCAUUGACACCUCCCAGUUUCCCACCAGUGCCUCCCCCAGUGCAGUCCAUCUACAGGGACACGGAGAACCCCCUAGACCUCCACCUCCCGCGCCCCAAAUUUGCUCCUCCCCCGCCCCCUUCACAAAAAGAACAACAACUGGUCCCCCCUUUGCCUCCCCCCACAGCCAAAGCCCUCAAAGUGCCACCGCCCAAGCCCAUCAGAUACUCCUCGAUGCAACAUCUCGAUAUCGUCUCCCAGCAGCCGGAGCCUGUGCAGAUUCAACGCAACCCCCAGAACAAAGCGCGGCUCUCCAGCUUCUUGCCUUCGUCCACCGUGGACAGCAGGGCCGACAGGGAGCAGAAGGCCAAGUCCAUGAUGAUCUUGCAGGAUUCAGCCACCGAAGAUCUCCCCGCCCCAGCAAACAGCAAGGACCCUGCCAGGGUGCCGGCCAGGGACCCUAAAGUUAAUUAUGGUGUGCCGGUCAAGCCAGCGAGAAAGAACAGCUCAGGGAUCCAGCUAGCCCAGGAGCUGGAGAGCAUGCAGGACAACGUGCCGUAUUCUUACCCCAGUUCCGUGAACAAGCCAAACCCUGUGCUUCCCGCUCCAGUGCCUGCAGACUACAGCAAACCGAGGAAUUAUUCUCCACCAGAUUCACUAUCCAGGGAUGUCUCGCCACCUGCUGCAAAAACAGAGGAGAAUUCCAAACCUGUGUACAAGAAGGACAGUGAUUCGCAGAGCUGGUACGGCAGCUCUGUGCCAGUUAGCAGCCCAAACCAGCUGCCGCCACCACCGCCAAAUACUCUCCAGACCAAAGUGUCUUCUUAUUAUUCCAAGGAUGAGCUGUCCCCCCCUGCGCCUGAGAAAAAAGACGGUCCGAAAUCUCCCAUGGACCUCCUGCUCGCUGCUAAAAGGAGAGCUGAGAAAGGGCGCAGCCUGUCCAGGCAGAGCAGCCAGAGUAGCAACAACCGCUUUCCAAACUCUUCCACCGGGGAGAUGACCUCCGAUCAAAUUCAUCAGAGCCCGUCCAAUCCCAACUCCUUCGUCAUCACCCCCAGGGCAGACUUGGACGUCCAGGAACCAAGGACUCCAGGAUACGGUGCCUCUCCACCAACACGCUCACGGUGGCGGGACCAGACGGUAGCUGAGGAGCCCCCCAGUAACCCACACGUUCCGGUUCCAACAUCUGUGGUGUCGUUGAAGCACCAGAAGGGUGUAGAGAGCUCGGAAUUUCUACAGGGAGAGGAACUGUCCUCCACACUGCUGGUUCAGAACCUCUUGCAGUCCCAAAGGACCAACACCGGAAGUAAUCUUUCAGUAUCCGAGCUCGCCAGGAAACCAGAACCUACCUCGAACUCUCAUCUUAAACCCAGCUUCAGGCAAGAAGAAAGCGGGGAAGAUUUUGGCUUCAUUCCACCACCCCCAGAAUUUGCUAACGCUGAUGAAGAGGAGGAGGAGGAAGAACCAUCUCCCUAUAAUAAACCAAUCUACCAACAGUCCAACAACUAUAACCCCCCACCCAGUACGCAAACAAACUGGAAGACUGCUUCCAAUGGGACGGAUAGAAUCCCAGGUUCCCCUGUUCCGAAAACAAAACCCCAAAUUAAUCUCCCAGCUCCUCGUCUCCCAACCAGCCCAGCUGACUUGAAACUUACAGAAAGGACUAAACCCAGCUUCACCACGCAUCCGUCAAGCAGCCCACAGCCUGCCCCCACUCCUGCGUCUGUCACCCUCCAAAGUAUCCUGCAGAAAAAGAUGCUGGAAAUGGAUUUAAAGCAAAAAUGCACGCCAGCAGAGAGGAACGACGACACGUGGUCAACCGACCAACCUAUGGAGCCUUGGAUCAACACAGUGAAGCCAGGCUUUCAGCCGACGAGGAGCAACACUGGGGGGUCGAACAUGCAGCUCGCAGGGGUGAAGAGAAGCAUCGUGAACGAACUGAAAACCCAAGUGAAGAAAAAGUCUCCCGAGCCUCCAGCACUGGCUAGCCAGGAUGUUAAAAGCAAUGCAACGCAGAACAGUUCAACGCAGUCACAUGGCAGGACGUUCACAGUGCGACCCGGAACCAAGCAACCAAUCACACUGCUGCGUCAAGGACAGCCAUGCUGACAGCUGCAGCAAACCAAGCUUCCUCGUCUGGCACAAGCCAGAUUCACUUGGACCUCCACGGCAAAGACUCUUACCUUUGGAGUUCUUUAUCAGGAUUGUAAAACAGUGCAACUGUAUAUAACUGUAUAUAACCAGCCUUUAAAACUAUGCAGAGGGUUGUGGAAGUUGCUUUUGCUGAUGUACAGGAACCUAAAAAGCACUUAAUCUACGCUGACAGAAAAUGUUUUACCGUUGUUUUUAUUCCGACAUGCACAGGGUGAUUAUAAAGCCAGUUAGACACUUUGCACUGCUUCUGUCUGGGGGAGUUACAGAAGCACAGUAUGCCAACGCUAAUGGCAUGCAUUUAAACCUUAUGUGGAUACCGUGCAGAGACCCCCCCCCCCACUGACAUGUACGGGAGCAGUGGGGCAAUUGAAGCUGCUUCAAUAAAAAAUGCAAUCAGAUUUCACAAUGUAUCGAACGCACUGAAAGACGGCACCUGUCCCUUUUAAAAUGCUGUGUUAAACAUUGACAAACCCUGGCCAUGUAGUUAAUGCAGCACCAGCCUCUGUGGCAAUUGUUAGCAGUCUUAACCUGCUGUAACGCUUUUGCAGUGGAUAAUUGUUUCCUGCUUUAUUAAUGCAAAGUGUCUGACGUGCUUUAAGAUCACUGUGAUAUACACUUCUAGCACAAUGCUGAUUUCUAAUAGUUUUUGUUUCUUAUUGCCUGAUAUAUAACAGUAAAGAGGCUAUUGUCAACGUGCACGGGGCCAGAUGUUACGUUUUGGUCAAAAAAUAAGGAAGAUAACACUUUGGCACGCUUACUGUUCUGAAACAAGAACAAAUAUUAAGUUCUGCUUGCUGAUUACUGUAUUGUAUUUGAGGGAACGGGGAAAGCAUGUACAUUGUAUAGACAGCUUAUUUAACGUUUUCACACAGCUAUGAAGGCAUAUUUAAUAAUUAAAGGUCAUGUCAGGACUGUUUCUCCA